AGCAAGCCCCUGUCUCAAAACACAAAAACGAAAACAAAGUGCUUUCCCCUAGCCCGGCAUACUUGGGUGAGUCUGCGGGAGGCAAUGGACGCUGCAGCCAGUCAGACCCAUGGUAGCAGAGUCUGGGCCCACCAACGGCCCAGCAGAGGCAAUGUGGAGUACAGGGCCUGCUGGUCCUCUGGUCACACCCACUCAUGCUGGUCUCCACAUGCUCUUUAUAUCCCCAGAGGUCGACAGUGUGGGGGACUGGAGUGACCCAGCUGGAUGUGACCCCCAAGACAGAAUGGUGCUGGACUCGGGGGCUCAGGGGUAUGACCAGGCACCCCCCAGCCUGCUUACCAGCCUCCCAUCCCUGCGCCAUAGGCUGAAGCCCUCAGACCGAGAUGGGCCACCGCUGUACCCCUGGUCUCAGCCCCUGGCCUUGCCCCUGGCUCUGGCAGUCCCCCCAGCACUGCAGCCCCAGACUGAGCAGCAGCCCUUCUCACAAAUGCACCUGGGCCACUGUGGCCACAUGCGUCGCAGUGAGAGCACCCACUCUGUAAAUAGUACUUGCCAGAGGGCACGUGGCACCCUGGGAUGGCCUCUACCUGGACAGGGACAGAACCCAGGUGGGCGCACCCUGUGGCCUGCAGCCUCCCUGCCUCACGUUGCUAAGACUCAAAGGGAUGCAGGCCAUAGUGCCAGCAAGAGCCCCUGCAUGUUGGUGGCCCUGCGACCAACCAAUACGGACCGUGAGCGAGACAACUUCUUCCAGUCCCAUUACACCUACAAUUCACCCUUCGAGUACCAGGAGCCCAUGCCCACGCCUGUGCUCGAGAAGUACUGCGAGGCCUCUGGACAGUUCAUCCAUCAGGCAGUUGGCAUCACUGCUGUUCUGGAGAAGUCUGGAACCUACGAACACUUUGAGGCUGUCACCGGGAAGCAGCUGCACAAGUGCCAAAUAUGGUCCAUUGUGCGCAAAGACAUGCCGAAGAAGGGCUGCGCCGAGGAGACUGUGGCGCAGUUGAGUGAAGACCUGCUGUCCCAGGCAGUGAUGACGGUGGACAGGAGCCGGCCCACACUGGCGAUCAACCUGACCGGAGCCCGCCAGUACUGGUUGGAGGGCAUGCUGUGGUAUGAAAUAGAUCAGGACAUUCACUACCUGCGGGGCGUGAACGACGCGCGCCAGUCGUGGCACAACGCGGAGGGCCGGCUGCGGUACGGGCUGCUGCCGCAGAACCCCACGAGGCACCUGGCCAGCCUGCACAGCGUCCUGUUCCGCCAGCGGCUCUUCCUGCGCUGCGCUGCGCUGCUCCGCUAUCCCACGCCGUCGUUUUUCUACACCCGCCGCCGCGCUCUGCGCGCGUCCUUCCGCCAGCUCGGCCAGGACGCGGCGCGCUACGUGCAGGACGCCGCCGUGCGCCGAGAGGACUGCGUGCGCGCCCAGCGCGGCAAGACGGACACCUCGCUGCCAGCUUGUUUCCGGCAGGGCCAGGGGUACCUGGACGGCAUCGUGAGCAUUCUGCGACAUCGCCAGACCAUCGAUUUCCCGCUGCUGACCUCAUUGGGCAAGGGGUCCUGUGAGUAUGUGGACCACCUGCGGCCCCAUGGGGUGCUGGAUAAUACCCGGGUGCCCCACUUCAUGCGGAACUUGGCACCUUACCGGCAGCAGCUGGAGCACAUCAUGGCCACCAACCGGCUGGAUGAGGCGGAGCUGGGUCGCCUGCUGCCCGACUGAUGGAGGAUGAGGGCUGCAGACAGAGGCCCUGGACAGAAGCUCCAGAUAAGGCCCCCAGAACAUGAAGCUGUUUGCUCUGUGCUUCCACGGCCUGGGUGU